AUGCGAGGCUCGAAUCAGGGUCCGGCCGCAGCGGCGCUUCAGAGUUGGUCUGCGACGUGGCCUCAUUCCAACAGCACGCUUGGCACACUCCACCAUCCUGCACUGUCCGCCAGGCUUUGGAUCGCCCUUCGGACCAUGCAUAGCACGCUCUCGCGCCUCAACGCCGUGUCGGCGCUUGCGACCACCAUCGUGCUCGUGCUCGUCGUGCUCAUCGACCUCGCGUCCCAUUCGCGCCACACGCCCUCGGGCAAGCUCCACAUCAACCAGCUCGAAGUCGUGCGUGCCAAAGCCGCCUGGCACAUGGACCGCAACAUCCAGGACUUUGUCCAAACCUCCUUCACCAUCGACGCCGACUUUUCACCCCUCUUCGACUGGAAUACAAAGCAGAUCUUUGUCUCCAUCGCAGCCAACUACACCUCUUCCAAACAUAAAUCAAACGAGGUAGUCAUCUGGGACCGCAUCCUACGCUCCAAGAACGACGCACACAUUGCGCUCAACUCGGCCACCAACAAGUACGGCCUGCGCGAAGUCGGUCGCUCCUUCGCCUCCAUCGAAAACGCCACCUUCACGCUCAAGUACAACGUCAUGCCCAAAGUUGGCCGCCUCAUCUACGGCAACGAAUACGCCUCGGCACAGAUCCCCAUCCCCAAGCGUCAGCUGCUCCCCAACGGCGAACAACCAAAAGUUCAAAGACUGUACUACUAG